AUAACGAGUUGUGCAGAAAAUAGGUAUUAAUGAUACUUUCAUAUGCAGUCACUUCUGUGUUAAAUGUCUACCAAAUCAAGCGUUGAAUUCAUUAAAUUAAUUUCUAAUAUAACAUUUUAAUUGUGGUUAUGUGUCUAAAAUAAUUAACACACCUUUAGGAUAAAUAUUGGCAAAUUGUGAAACAAUAGUCACCGGAGUCUGAAAUCCCAGCGAAAGUCAUGGAAUCUCAGAAAGUGUGGGCCAAUGAUGUGAACGAUGGCUAUGUCUUGGGACGCAUUGUGGACAUCGGGCCAAACGGGCCCACCGUUCAGACCUUCAAUCACAAGCAAAUCCAAUCGACAUAUGAUGGGGUAUUUCCUGCCGAAGAGGACGAUAAUAAAGAAGUUGAAGACAAUUGCGCUCUUAUGUACCUGAAUGAGGCAACACUUCUUAAUAACGUACGAUUGAGAUAUAAAAAGGAUAAGAUUUACACAUAUGUGGCGAAUAUCCUGAUAGCUGUGAACCCGUAUUUCGAAGUGAAAGACUUGUAUUCAUCGAAAACACUUAAGUCAUAUCAGGGUAAAUCUUUGGGUACAAUGGCUCCACACGUAUUCGCAAUCGCGGACAAAGCGUUUCGUGAUAUGAGAGCCACUAAACAGAGCCAAUCCAUUAUAGUUAGCGGCGAGAGUGGGGCCGGAAAGACAGAGUCCACGAAAUAUGUGUUGAGAUACCUGUGCGAGUCGUGGGGCUCGCAGUCCGGACAGAUCGAGCAGCUUAUACUCGACGCAAAUCCCGUUUUGGAAGCCUUUGGUAACGCAAAGACUGUGAGAAAUAAUAAUAGUUCACGAUUUGGGAAGUUUAUUGAGAUUCACUUCAAUGCUAAGCAUUCAGUGGUCGGCGGAUAUAUUUCCCACUAUUUGCUGGAAAAGUCUCGGAUAUGUGGCCAGAGUUCAAGCGAACGAAAUUACCACAUCUUCUAUCAGCUGUGCGCCGGACUCCCGGCCCCCAUAUUCGCCAAACUGAAGCUCUCAUGUCCGGACAAAUUUCAUUACCUGAACAGAGGGUGCACUCAAUAUUUCAGUUCAAAACAGUCGGACACUCAACUGAACGCGAACCGCAAAUCCGCUGAACAUGUGAGUGAGGGCUCGCUUAACGAUCCCAUAGUCGACGACAUCAAAGACUUUAAGGCGACCGACGAUGCGUUGGCCCACUUCGGGGUCAGCGAAGCCGACCGACUGGCCAUCUAUCAGAUCGUGGCCGCAGUCCUUCAUUUGGGAAAUAUUGCCUUUGAAGACAGCGCUGAGGACUCCAAAGGUGGUUCCCGUGUGACGGCCGACACGAAGGUAUCGCUGGAAACCGCAGCUGAACUUCUUGGUGUGGAUUGCGAUCAAUUGCAACAAAGCUUAUUGUCUCGAGUGAUGCAAACCAGCAAAGGAGGACAUAAAGUAUACGAGGCCCAGAAUGCGAGGGACGCGUUGGCCAAAGCCAUGUACUCCAAGCUCUUCGACUUCAUCGUCAAGACCAUCAACAAAGCGAUUCCCUUCUCGAUGUCCGCCAACUAUAUCGGCGUCUUAGACAUCGCCGGCUUCGAGUACUUCGAGUGCAACUCAUUUGAACAGUUUUGCAUCAAUUACUGUAACGAAAAGUUGCAGCAAUUCUUCAAUGAACGCAUCCUGAAGGAGGAGCAGACCAUCUACGAGAGGGAGGGGUUGGGGCUCAAGAAGAUUGACUUCAUCGACAACCAGGACUGCAUCGAUUUGCUGGAAGGCAAGGGUUCCGGUAUUUUUGAUUUGCUCGACGAGGAGUCCAAACUACCGAAGCCCUCGUCGGUGCACUUCACGGAAACCGUGCACUCGUCGCACACCAAUCACUUCCGGUUAGCCGUUCCCCGGAAGUCGAAGCUUCGGAGUCACCGGGAGAUCCGCGACGACGAGGGUUUCCUCAUCAGACACUUCGCGGGCGCCGUCUGCUACUCGACGCAGGCCUUCAUCGACAAGAACAACGACGCCCUCCACGCCUCCCUCGAGGCCCUUAUGGUCGACGCCAGCAAUCCGUUACUGAAGUCGCUGUUCACAUCCGGCGCCGACAAGAGCCUGAAGAAUGGAAACAAUAAUAACAUAAUUAUAAACAAUAACUUCAAUAAUAAGGCCAAAAGCGCCGGAAAACUGACGUUCGAGUCGGUCGGCGGGAAGUUCCGGUCGCAGCUGUCGGAGCUGAUGUCCAAACUGCGGUCGACGGGCACCCACUUCAUCCGAUGCAUCAAACCCAACCUAAACAUGGUCGCCCACCAGUUCGAGGGCGCGCACAUACUGUCCCAACUGCGGUGCUCGGGCAUGACCUCCGUGCUCGAGCUCAUGCAGAUGGGCUACCCGUCCCGGGCGGCCUUCGCCGACCUCUAUGCCAUGUACGCCAAGCUUUUGCCGCCAGAGUUGGCACGACUGGACGCGCGGCUCUUCUGUCGGGCGCUGUUCAAGGCGUUGGGUCUCAACGAAAAUGACUUCCGCUUCGGCGCCACAAAGAUCUUCUUCAGGCCGGGAAAGUUCGCCGAAUUCGAUCAGAUCAUGAAAUCGGACCCUGAUCACUUGGCACUACUCGUCAAAAAGGUCCAGAAGUGGCUGUUGGCCUCCCGAUGGAAGAAGGCUCAGUGGUGUUCCCUAUCUGUCAUCAAAUUGAAAAAUAAGAUUCAAUUCAGAAAACAACAGAUUAUUCUCAUUCAGAAGAAUAUUCGUAUGUUGAAUGCUAUUCACAAAUAUAGACCAAGAUAUAAAGGACUGAUUCAAGUAAAACAACUGCGAAAACAUUUAAUACAAUUAGAAGAGCUGUCAAAACAACUGAAGUCUAAUUCAGACAAACAGAUGUGCGAUGAGACCAUCAGACGAGUGGACACUGAUAUGAAUCAAUUGAUCGCUAAAUUGAAAAGCGAUACUAAAAUGAACGCUAAAGACAUCGAUGCGGACGUGAAUCGAUUGAAUUCGUCGAUCAAUGAGAACGUGGGUCUCCUGAGAGGAAAGUUAGCCGAACAGGAAAGGCUGCUUAAGAUUCAACAACAGAUGGAAGUGGAGAGAAAGCAGAGGGAAGAGGAGGACAGGAAGGCUAAGGAGAUGGAGGAGAAUAAGCGAAAGAAGGCUGAGAUGGAGGAGAGGAACCGGUUGGAGGCUCAGGCUCGGGCGGAAAGGGAGGCCAAAGAGAUGCGAACGGAACGGGAGAGGAAACUGAAGGAAGAGAGUCUUCUGGAGGCGGAGAUGAAGCGCAUCGAACAGGAGAGACGGGACUACGAACUGGCGGCCCGUUUGGCGCAGGACUCGGAGUUGACGGUCAGCGACGACUGGCAGUCCUCCCCCACAAUGCUUCCCAGAUCUGCGGCCGUGUUAGAGCAGAGGCAGUCGGCGGCCAACCAGAAGUACAACUUAGAGAAAUGGAAAUACUCUGACCUGAGAGACACCAUCAACACGUCCUGUGAUAUCGAGCUCUUGGAGGCGUGUCGUGAGGAGUUCCACCGGCGGCUCAAAGUGUAUCACUCGUGGAAAUCGAGAGCCAAUAAGAAUAAAGUGAUGAACGGAGGGCCCCAACAGAGAGCGCCCGACAGUAUUCUCGACCAGACUUUCAAUUAUAACAUCAGAGGUGGGGAUAAGAGCGCCGGCGAACAGCGAUACUUCCGGAUGCCCUUCAAUAAGCCAAACACAUCGUCGGCACACAAGGGCUGGUGGUUCGCACACUUCGACGGCCAAUGGAUUGCCAGACAAAUGGAAAUACAUCCCGAGAAACAGCCCAUACUUUUGAUCGCAGGUCGAGAUGAUAUGCAAAUGUGUGAAUUGAGUUUAGAAGAGACCCGACUCACCACCAAAAGGGGGGCUGAGAUACUGGUCCAUGAGUUCGAGACCGAAUGGGUCCGCAAUGGGGGUCAGCCCUACACGAGAGGUCCUAUCGAGCACAACCUCAUUGAGUAAUAAUAAUCUAAACAUAAUUUUAAAAUAAAUUUUUAAAUACAAUAAUCUUAAACAUUAAAACAAAACUAACAUUUGAUUACAUAUUUUGCAGCUUUUAAUGCAUGAGAACUCAUAUAUUAGUUGAUUAUAAGGAGAGUCCACUACUAAAUGAAGUCUUUUUAUUGUUUCCCUAAUCACAUAAAGACAAG